AUGACUUUGUUGGUGCGCCAAGGAGACGACUUAGAGAGUGCUCCAAAAGGAGACAGCUUAGAAAGUGCUCCAAAAGGGGGUGGCUUAGGAAGUGCGCUAAGGAGACGACUUAGGAGGCCACUUUUUGCUUGGGAGGAAGCAGAAUUGAGUAGAUUACUAGUACUUCUGAGUAGGCCUCCUUUGCUUAGAGCUAAUGUGGCAGAUUGUUUGACUUGGAAGGCAAAUACAGCUGGUUGUUUUAGUGUCUCAUCUGUUUAUCAGUGGUUUGAAUUGGGCUUUGGGUCUAAUAGUUUGAUCUCUAGAGUUUUGUGGAAGGCUCCUGCUCCACCAAGGGCACAAUUCUUUGGUUGGUUGGUGUGGAAGGGUAGAAUCAAGUCUGCUAGUUAUUUGCGCAGAAUUGGUAUCCUAAAUGACAAUGUUGAUGUUUGUUGUGUUUUUUGCAAAGAAGAGGAGGAAACUAUUAACCAUGUGUUACUUCACUGCCCUCGUGUGUGGCUGAUCUGGUCUUAUUUUGUCAGAAGGUGGAGGUGGCAAUGGGCUUCACCAGGUUUUGUUCAGAGUGUUAUUCAGUGGUGGACGGGUUGUAGCAUGAGGAAAAUGGAAAAGAAGCUAUGGAGUGUAAUUCCAUAUGCUAUUUUCUGGUCCAUAUGGAAACAGAGGAAUGACUCUGUGUUCAAUGGGGUGGAGCCUAAUUUUCUAGCUUUGUGUGAAUCUAUUGAGGUUCGAAUUGCUUUGUGGAUUAAGUCCUAUGUCCCAGCUCUGAACUUCACUGUCAAUGACCUACUUUGGUGGGGUAAAGCAGAGGAGGUUUCAAUUGUCGGUGUGAUGAAAUGGCUGAAGGCAAUUGGUUCAUGGGCUGUUUUGAUUGGGAGGCUCAUCAGUUUCAAUGUGCUGGUUUUCGGCCUACUUUAUGGUGGCUACUAUCAGUUUGCUUUCUUAGAUCCCAGGUUGAAUCCUGCUGGAAUUUUGUAG